UUAGAGGCGGAAAACAAGAAAAAAAAUAUUCUGAACCAAUGGACUGCAGACAUAGUACAGGAAAUGACCAGAGACUGCGGACACAGUACAGGAGAUGGCCAGAGACUGCAGACAUAGUACAGGAGAUGACCAGAGACUGCAGACAUAGUACAGGAGAUGACCAGAGACUGCAGACAGUACAGGAAAUGACCAGAGACUGCGGACACAGUACAGGAGAUGACCAGAGACUGCAGACACAGUACAGGAGAUGACCAGAGACUGCAGACAUAGUACAGGAGAUGACCAGAGACUGCAGACACAGUACAGGGAAUGACCAGAGACUGCGGACACAGUACAGGAGAUGACCAGAGACUGCAGACACAGUACAGGAGAUGACCAGAG